GCAGGCAGGCGGGGGUGCGCGGGGCGGUCAGCGAUCUGCAGCUUCGCAGGGACAGAGAUGUAACCGAACUCGUUCACGGAUGUUCCGCGCGCCGUGUCACCGUCUGCGGGCCAGGGGUGGCACGGGCAGGAGCCUGGCGAGGAUGCACCUUCCCCAGCCUUGGAAAGGGAAUGGAGAGGCCGGCAGCCCGACAGCCGCAAGGGCCGGACGCACUGAGGCGCUUCCACGGGCUGCUGCUGGACCGCCGAGGCCGGCUGCACGGCCAGGUGCUGCGCCUGCGCGAGGUGGCCCGGCGCCUAGAGCGCCUGCGCAGGCGCUCCCUGGUGGCCAACGUGGCUGGCAGCUCGCUGAGCGCAACGGGCGCCCUCGCAGCCAUCGUGGGGCUCUCGCUCAGCCCCGUCACCCUGGGGGCUUCGCUGCUGGCGUCGGCCGUGGGGCUGGGGAUGGCCACAGCCGGAGGGGCUGUCACCAUCACGUCCGAUCUCUCGCUGAUCUUCUGCAACUCCCGGGAGCUGCGGAGGGUGCAGGAGAUCGCGGCCACCUGCCAGGACCAGAUGCGGGAGAUCCUGAGCUGCCUGGAGUUCUUCUGCCGCUGGCAGGGCUGCGGGGACCGCCAGCUGCUGCAGUGCGGCAGGAACGCCUCCAUCGCCCUGUACAAUUCUGUCUACUUCAUCGUCUUCUUCGGCUCACGUGGCUUCCUCAUCCCCAGGCGGGCGGAGGGGGACACCAAGGUUAGCCAGGCCGUGCUGAAGGCCAAAAUUCAGAAACUGGCCGAGAGCCUGGAGUCCUGCACGGGGGCUCUGGACGAACUCAGCGAACAGCUGGAGUCCCGGGUCCAGCUCUGCACCACGUCCAGCCGUGGCCACGACCUCAAGAUCUCUGCUGACCAGCGUGCAGGGCUGUUUUUCUGAGAACAUCCUUUCCCCCUAAUGACCGAGGCCAGCGAAUCAUCCCCAUGGGAUGCUCCAGAUUUUGUAGCUCCCUUAGGAAAACACCAAGCUGGGUUAGGAGCCAAAGGCAAAGGAUGAGAAAAACUGGUUUUGAAGUGGGUGGGUCCCCACAGCCCUUCUUUUCCCAUCACUGUGACAUCUGCCUGGGCUUGAGUGCUAUGGACUUUUCAGUUGUGUGAUCCUAGUGGAAGAAUGUGACCCCAAAACUCUUUUUCCUUUAUCAAAACCUUUCUGUCAAAACACAGCUGGGCAGGCACUCCUGUUUGAAAGUUAUUUCGGGGUCCCUGACUCUGUCCUGGUGGCUUGACCUGAGACUGGAGAGAGUGCCACCCUCUGGGCCCUCUCCAAGUCCUACUAGUCUUUGAAGUCCUCAAAAUGCCCGUGAGAGAAGGCAUUUGCCUCUCUUCCAGAAUGUCUGACAAAGAACUCCAGAAUCCAGAGCAAAUCAGCCCUCCUCUAAGCGUUGUAGGACAGUUCAGAACCCAGAGAGGGCCCUGGUGUUGACAUGUCCUCCUCUUCCCUUUCCCUUCAGCUUACCCACUCCCAGAUGCAGCCCGGGUAUGCAGUAGGCCUUUCCUGAGUGGCUCCCAAUCCAGUCCUCCCAGUACUCAGAGAGAAAGCCCGUUAAACCAUCACCUAAGUCCUGCUCCCUCACAUGAAGAAGCUGAGGGCCCCAUAGAUGGAGCGACUGCCAACUUCAUUUCCCGACAUCAUUGUGUUCAGAAGAGAGUGAUGGGUUUUGAGUUAGACAAUCCUGGGCUUGAGACAGGCUUUGUCACUACUGUGUGAGCGUAGCCACCUAAUCUCUCUUUGACUGUGUAAAACAAAGAUUAUGAAACCUCAUCCUGUUGUGAGAUAUUAAAUGAGCCAAAGUACCUAGCAUAGUGCUGGCUCAUAUAGUGUAGUCCCUGGAAUGGUAGAUUAACACCACCCAGGAACUUGUUAGAAAGGCAAAUUCUUGGACACAACCCCCCUGACUUAUGGAAUCAGAAACUCUGGAUGUGGAGCCCAGCAACCUGAGUUUAAACAAUUUCUCUCCGUGGUUCUGUGGCACACUAAGGUUUGAAAACCACUGCAACAAAUGCUAACUUCUAAUCCCCUUGAUGAGCUUUCACAAAGUCUCACGGCUUCUCUAGGGACUCCAUGGUCUUCAGAGUCGUUCACAGAUGACCAAGGACAGACUGUGUCCCAGAAGCCAAAAUGAGAGAGAGAGAAAGAGAGAGAGCACCCGUAGGUGCAUCCUGGGGCAGUAUCUCACCGUAGGAACUAAGGGAUGUAACACUAUAAGCCCAUUAGAGGGCAGUGUUCCCCACCUAUUGUAGAAACUGGUACAGAAAGGAAUGUGAAGUUCCCGAAACUGACCUUUCUCUAUUAUUACCUUCUCUGAAAAGCGCCAGUCCAUGUAUUUUUUAUUUAUUUUACGUUUGUAAUUUAAUUAUUGCUUAUUGUUUGCAUUUAAUUUUAUUUAACCACCACGUUUAGAAAAUAAUAAGAGCAAGUUUCUAAAUGGGAGACUGCUGAGUUGAGGCUCUUUGUAAGAGAUGAGAUUAAGUUUGAGUUUCUAAGGCAGAGCACGGGCUGGAAAUAGCAUUGCUUUCCUUGAAUGUCUCUCUCCUUCAGGGAGACUUUUAUUCUCUAGUGUUUUAAGUGAUCCUUUUAAGUAAGUGUGGAGAGUCUUAAAGAGCAAGACCAGGAGCUGAGUUUAAGCUUGUAAUGGAGGCUUGCAUUGUGGGAUAUAUAACUGAGGAAGCAUAUUUAUCCUGAAGGUAUUUCACCAGAAGAUAACACUUGACCUGGAAAAGGAACCUAUUUAGUUCAGGAAAGAUAAAAGGUUUAGAGGUAUGUGAAGGAAGCACUUAGACCUUGCAAGCCUGAUGUUCUAUCAAGUUAUGUCUUCUGGGUGACAGACAAUAUAGCCUGUCUUAUGGUGGUGAUGUGUUGCAUUUUCACUUUGGGGUCUGUAAGAAACUGUCAGCGAGAAUGUAUACAAUUCCUUCAGUUUCCAUUCUUAACAACCGUAAUGUUGAAAAAUAAGUUGAAAAGUCUUUGGGACCAUACAUGCAAAAACUGUGCCUCUGUUAUUUAAUUAUUUAAAAUUCUAUAAAUGUACCCAAUCUGCCCCCACCCUUCCUGAUGAUGGCAGUAUGUCUGAGGAAGUAUAAUGUCAGUGCUGGGGUUGGGGAGAGGAGGUGAUGUUUCUGUAUUUUUAUUUUUCCUAUAAAUUGCAAUUGGUCUGUAUUGGUCUGGUUUAUUUCGAAAUUUAUCUUGGUUUAUUUUCAAGUUGGUGUUAUCUCCUAGACUGCUUCACCCAGAUACUAGCUUUUUUUUUUUUUUUUUUUUUUUUUUUUUUUUUUUGAGGCAGAGUCUCACUCUGUCACCUAGGCUAGAGUACAGUGGUUUGAUCUCGGCUCACUACAACCUCCGACUCCUGGGUUCCAGCGAUUCUCCUGCCUCAGCCUCCUGAGUAGCUGGGAUUACAGACGUGCAGCAGCACACCUGGCUAAUUUUGUGUAUUUUUAGUAGAGACAGGGUUUCGCUAUGUUGGCCAGGCUGGUCUUGAACUCCUGGCCUUAUGUAAUCCGCCCACCUUGGCCUUCCAAAGUGCUGGGAUUACAGGCAUGAGCCACCUCGCCUGGCCAGAUGCUAGCAUUUUAGAUCACCGGAAUGUACUUCGCAUUAUUAGUUGUGUUAUGGCAUAAAGGUACAACCAUUCCCUAACUCUAUCUUUUAUUAAUGCUUAAGUUUAAGUUAUAUUCUUCCAAUGCCUGAGCUAUUCCCUAGAAAUAAACUGGGCACUUCUGGAAGCAGAAGCCCUAACAGCAGCAGCAAACUUUUCCUGUCAUUAGAAUAUUUUGGGUGUAUCAAAAGUUCUAUACUUUUGAAGAUAUGAUUUCAGUGACCCACUUUAUUUCUAAGGAAGAGUGUCUACUUUGGAACAAUGCUUUGCACAUAGUAGGAACUCAAGAAAUGCAUUUGAAUAAUUUAAUUAACUGUUUAGCUAUCUUCAUGAGAAUUUGUUGAUAACAAAAGAUCAUCCAUCCCCUUAUGUGUGAGUAAGAUUGGAGCCUCUAUCAAGAUUUAGUCAAGUUCAGUUAGAUUGAUUCUAGAAACAAAUAUUUAUUUAUUUCUUUUACAGGGAUGUGAAUAAGGCUUUUCCUUAAGGCCUUCAUUCUAUAAACAAACAGGUUGAAAUGGUAUGUUGUAAAAGAGAAGAAGGGAGAGGGAUAUUUAGAUGAUAAGUGUACUUCACAAAAAUGUCAAAGUUUGAAAAAUAAGUAUGUUUGUUCUAAAUGUUUAAGUGCUUCUCUGUUAGGUUCCGGGGUUUGCAAUCAUUUGAAUUGUUUUGUUUCACAAUAAAGGAGAUUCAUUGGGUUCUGCAUUUUUAAGGAUUCAAUAAAACUGCUCCAUUAAAAAAGUAAUCCUUAGCAAACAUUCGGAUCCUAACUGCUUUGAUGCACUUGCCUUCCGGCACCUGUCAUUUCCAAUAUGGUAAGUGUCAAAGUCAAAAGUAUUUACUGGGAGAAAAAGGAGAGGAGUGGCUGUAGAAGUCUCCCUAAAUCAGAUAUGUCAAGCAAUCAGCCAACAUGGUAUAUUUCUCAUUCAAUAUUUUAGUGUGAAUUGAGACACGAGAUAAAGACAUUGUGCAGAGAUAAAUGGGGAUACAGUUAAACAUAGCAACUCUUGAGUUCAUUUUCUUCCCACUGUAGCAAAAUUAAUGCUUUCUCUUUAUUGAAAUAAAUUGCUCAUUUCUCAAA